AAUGUCUUUGAUUAACUGAUGAAGGGCUAAAAAAAGAAAAAAAAUAUUAUCUUUUUUAUCAUUUAAUGCCCCUACCAGAUAAAAAAAACCCGUAAAGUGAGACCGACAGCUUGUUACGUGUACGUUUAAAUCCCGUGAUUCGCAUUGCAGAGCUCUGAAGGGUGAAGAGCCACCGAUCUGAUCUCACCCUCUCUCUCUGUCUCUCAACACUUUUGCCUGCGCACCUUCCACGUCUUUUAAUCAAAUUCUCUCCGUCUUGUUUAAAGUCCUCUCCCCGUCAAAUGUCCCCCCAACGCAAAGAUUCUCCCGAGAUUCUCUCAUCCACUCCCUUUGGCCGCCUCUUCCUCUGAUUUUAUUUCCUAAAAUACCCCUUCCCAACUCUUUCUUAAUUUCUCCCAUUUCCUCCAAACUCCUCAUAAAAAAUAACGCUCCUCAUCUCCUUUUCUAAAAUUUCCUCAUUAUUAUUAUUUUUUAAUUUUCUAGGGUUUUUCUUUGGGCUCGUCCAUGGCAUUUUCUUAAUCAAUGGCGGCGAGUUCCGGAGGAUUCGCGACCCAGCUUGAGUUCAAGCACUAUGUUUUCCAUGGAUUGGCACCGAGUGUAAAACAGAAAUUGUGCUCUCGAUGUGAUCGAUUCACAGUUUCGAGUCGAAUCAGUUGCUGCUGCUCUGAUCCGGUGGUCCCGAUCCGGAUAACCACCCGUUCGGUCAAGAGCAAUGAGAAGGUGGAGGACUGGCGGUUCGACUCCAAGAAAAUCCCUCACAGGGUUCGAGUCCAGGCCUCCCCUGCAAUGCCUUUUGUUUCUGCUCAAUCUAGAUUUCCUUCCAAACAAGAAAAGUUCUACCCUCGGUGUACUCCCCGAAAUUCUGGUCCUCAGUCUCGUGAUACUCCACCAAAAAGAGACACUGGUAUUGCAAAUGAGGAGGACUGGGGCAUUAGCUUGUUAAAUGAGAAUGUUAAUGAGUCUGGCACAAAUGAAGAUGGCAGUACCUGGUAUCGAGAAAGUGGAGAGGACCUUGGUGAAAAUGGAUACCGGUGUAGAUGGACAAGGAUGGGUGGUAAAUCCCAUGAUGGUUCCUCAGAAUGGAAGGAAACGUGGUGGGAGAAAAGUGACUGGAGUGGAUACAAAGAGCUAGGUGUCGAGAAAUCUGGAAGAAAUGCUGAAGGAGAUUCAUGGUGGGAAACAUGGCAAGAAGUGCUUCAUCAAGAUGAAUGGAGUAAUUUAGCAAGGAUAGAGAGAAGUGCUCAGAAGCAAGCUAAAUCGGGCAGUGAAAAUGCUGGUUGGUAUGAGAAAUGGUGGGAGAAGUAUGAUGCUAAAGGCUGGACAGAAAAAGGGGCUCAUAAGUAUGGUAGACUGAAUGAACAGUCAUGGUGGGAGAAGUGGGGAGAGCAUUAUGAUGGAAGUGGAUCUAUUCUAAAAUGGACAGAUAAAUGGGCUGAGACUGAAUUGGGAACUAAAUGGGGAGAUAAGUGGGAAGAGAAGUUCUUUGCUGGUAUUGGUGCACGUCAAGGGGAGACAUGGCAUGUAUCUCCGAGUGGCGAACGUUGGUCAAGAACAUGGGGUGAGGAGCAUUUUGGAAACGGUAAAGUUCACAAAUAUGGGAAGAGCACAACUGGUGAAAGCUGGGAUAUAGUUGUUGAUGAGGGGACGUAUUAUGAGGCUGAACCUCAUUAUGGAUGGGCAGAUGUGGUAGGCGACUCAAGCCAGUUGCUUACCAUCCAACCUCGGGAGAGGCCUCCUGGUGUCUACCCAAACCUUGAUUUUGGAUCAUCACCACCUCAAAAUGAUGACCAACCUGACAAGCCUCCAACAUCAGAAUGAGGAGGCUGUUUUUUUUCAACCGCCCCAUAUUUAUUUUGUUUUAGUUGGUUUAAUCAAUUAAUCUCCAAUCAUAUUGGUUUAGACUUGUGUAUCAGAAGGUUUUGGAUUAUUGCUGUUCGAUUUAUUCAUUCUUUCAAUGGUCAGCACAUUCCACGUUUGUUUGUUGGUUGAGGUAGGUAUGGGUAGGGUAUGAGGUGGAUAUAUUUUUCAUCAUAUUUGUAUAUUUAUAUUUAUAUUUAGAUUCUU